GGUCAAAAGGAAAAUCUGUGUCAGAUAAAACUGCAUCAGGCAUCCGGCCUCAGAUGAAAAGCAGUCAGAGUCAGGUAUCAGACAUCAGAUGGAAAGGCAUUCAGAUCUCAAGAAAACCUUUGUCAGAAAAAGCGAAAAGGCCUCAGAUGAAAAGCUGUCAGAUAGCCUACAGCAGAGCAGAAAACUGGGAAACCUUUCAGGAUGUCUGAUAACCUUGUUGGAACAGUUGGACCUCACACUAUCUACGUCUCUAGUCUGAAGAAUCUUUUCGAGGACGCAUAUUCAGAUGAGGUGAUCGAUUCUUUCCUUUUUCUGCUCUGCAAGGACUCUCCAGGUACCAUUCAUGUAUCAAGCCACAUAAUGACCAAAAUCUCGGAGGGUUCUUCUAGAGCCAGAAACACCUACUUUUUGAAGAUGAACAUCUUCCAGAAGUAUGUCGUGGGAGCCAUGCUGGAGAACAGCAACCAUUGGACUCUUUUCUAUGCAGGCAUAGAACGGAGAAUUGUAGUUUAUAUGAACUCCCUUGGAGAGUCCAAAGCCAAGGAACAGGAUAUCCUGAACAACUGGAGCUCAUUUGCUGCAGCGAGGGGCUGUGAUGGGCCCUGGGAGAUUGUUAAUGUCCAGCAUCCAAUGCAGACAGAUGGACACUCUUGUGGUGUCCAUGUCAUUCUGUAUGCACAAGCGCUCUUACAUGGUGGGGCAGUUGAGCAGGGCAUUGUGAAGGACUUUAGAUGGGAGAUGUCCGAAAUACGAGCACAGCUGUGCCAUGAUCUUUUCAGGUCAUUAGACAGGACACAAAAGUGCAGCGACUGCUGGCGGUUAAUGCGAUCUGAAACAAAGGUCAAGUGUGAUGGCUGUGCUGCCUACAGGCAUGCACGCUGUGCAAAAAAAGUGUGUCCUAUCUGCGUCUAUUGUAUAGAGAUCAGAAAGAAUUUAGCAGACAAGGGACAGAUUUUUGGGAGUAUAUGGGGAGAAGACAUGGAAGAAGAAGGAAGGAAAGGAAGGAGGAAGGAAGAUAUGUUAGAAGAUGAAGGGGGAGAAGAUCAGGGAAAGGGAAACCUUGAGGAAAGUCACAGCAAGGACAAAGAUCAGGGAAGGGUCCAGGAAAAGGAGGAAGAAGAACAGGGACAGGUCCAGGAAAAGGAGGAAGACCAGAGACUGGCCCAGGAAAAGGAGGAGCAAGGCGUUAUUGCAGUCCCUGGUCGCCUAGCGGUCACAGGGGCCAAACAUUUUUUUUACAAAAUGACUCCGGAGGAAAUUCAGAGAAGAAUUAAGGGUGAAAACAUGUCAGUCAAUGUCUUCAGGAGUCUUAUUGGGACAGACUCUGAUGAAGAUGAUUGA